AUGAAUUCUGUCGACGUCAGAUUUAAGUAUUUCUAUGAAUCAUUUUACAAGCAGCAAUCUAUUUCAAUCUGAAGAACUAAACAUUAUUUGGACUUCUUCAUUCAACACCAGUAUCAAGAUGACCGAGUUAUUAAGUGUUCCUUUGAAAAAACCAGCGGAUGUCGAUUUAAUAAGGCCACUGAACAAUUUAAUCAAAUGUUCGUACAAUAACCUAGGCCCGGAAAAAAUAACAGAGCUUGACGAGGCUGUAAAUAAAUUUAGUCAGCAACGGAAUACUGCAAUUUGGAAAGUUUUCGAUAAAUAUGAGAGCUCCCUGGAAAUAAUAUAUAGUUACUACGACCAACUUUGUGCUCUCGAGACUAAAAUUUCGGAAACCGAUUUCCAAGUUCCGUUCAAGUGGAAGGAUGCAUUCGAUAAAGGCUCUAUUUUUGGAGGACGAUCAAGUUUAACUGUAUCGUCAUUGAGUUACGAGAAGAUAUGUGUUCUUUUCAAUAUUGCUGCACUUCAAAGUGCCGUAGCUGCAACGCAGAGCUUGGACAGUGACGAAGGCUUGAAACUGGCAGCUAAACUAUUCCAGCAAAGUGCCGGAAUUUACUCACAUUUGAAAAGUGUUGCUCCCGCAGCGAUUAACCAAGAUCCAACCACAGACUUAUUGCCGGAGACCUUGAACGCAUUGGCGAGUAUCAUGUUAGCCCAAGCGCAAGAAAUAUUCGUUUUUAAAGCAAUCAAGGAUAAUAUGAAGGAUUUAGUGAUUGCAAAGCUGUGUUGCAAUUGUGAGGAAAUGUAUUCUGAAACGCUACGACUGAUGCAGAAAGAUUCUAUCCGUACCGUUUGGGACAAAGAUUGGAUUCCAACGAUAGCCGGCAAACAAGCGGGGUUUCACGCCCUCACUAUGUUUUAUCACAGCUUAGUGUCUAGAAAUAAUAAAGCAGUUGGAGAAGAGAUUGCACGAUUGCAGAAAUCUGUGGAAUUAUUUAAAAUUGCACAAUCUCGUUCAGGUAAGCUAAAUUUUCUAGAAGCAUAUCAGGCAAGAGCACAAAAAAAUCUCACAGAGGCAAAAAAAGACAAUGACUUUAUUUAUAAUGAAAUCAUACCCGAUAUCAAUGUCCUGUCUGGCCCUGGCAAGGCUCAACUUGCUAAAAAUAUUCCGCUUCCCAGCACUAUGAGCCAAAACUUUAAAGAUUUGCUCGCCGAUCUUGUUCCUGUUGCUCUGCAUCAAGCUAUAGCUGCAUGUGAAAUGCGAAAAAAUGAGAUUGUGAACGGAGAGAUUAUGAAACUACGCGAAGCUACACAAAAACUGAACAGUUUACUCACCAGCUACAACCUACCUGCUGCAAUUGAAGCAACUGAAGAUGGAUCCAGUUUACCACCUUCUCUACUAGAGAAAGCUAACACCUGUCGCGAAAAGGGAGGCAUCGAAAGUUUACAAAAGAUGGUGAAUGAGUUGCCGGAAUUACUCAAUCGAAAUCGGGAAAUUCUAGACGAGGCUGAACGUUUGCUAAACGAUGAAGGAGAUUCCGAUGAGCAACUAAGAAAUAAAUUCAAGGAACUAUGGACACGAACGCCGUCUAGUAAACUAACGCAGACAUUCCGAGAAAACUGUGAAACGUAUCGCAAAAUUAUAAACAAUGCCAUUACGGCAGACAAAACAGUGCGAGAAAAAUUCGAGGUGAAUCGGAAUGGGAUUGAACUAUUGUCUAAAACACCAGAACAGUUGUCUGAAGAAAUUCCUAUCAGUGUUACAAAGAAUAACAUUUCAAAUUCAUCUGCUACGCAAAAAUUGAGAGCCUUAAUUGAAAACGUAGAUAAAAUAAAGGCCGAAAGAGAUGUUAUUGAAUUGGAACUACGAUCAGCUACUAUUGAUUUGAAAGAUAAAUUUCUCGCUGCACUUGCAUCUGGAGAAGCUAUCAAUGAGCCUGCGUUAUCGUUAGCUGAAAUUGGAAAAAACAUUUCUCCUUUACAAGGGCAAGUGCAAGACAGUCUCUCUUGCCAAGAAACAUUGAUGCGAGAUAUUAAAGACGCUCAAGAACAAUUUGUAACUGAAUCUGGAUCGUCCGAUCAAUCGAAAGAUUCAUUCCUAACUCAACUUGCAACGGCAUAUGAUGUGUUUUCCGAACUGCAGCAGAACUUGCGCGACGGAGUCAAAUUUUACAACGAUUUGACUCAAUUGUUAAUUACGUUCCAGAACAAGGUUUCUGAUUAUUGCUUCGCUAGAAAAACAGAAAAGGAAGAGCUGAUGAAAGAUCUAACCCAGCAAGCUAGUAAACAGAUACAACCACCCACAUCUAAUGUACUUGCACAUUUAAAUCCCACUACUCCAACACAAGAGCUUGCAGCGAGUUCUGCUCCUCCGCAACCUACGCCGUAUCCAACGCAGAUGCACGGAAUGCCUAUACCAUAUGGAGCAACGCCCAAUGUUCCAUAUCCAACGUACGUGCCACCUCCGAUGCCACAAGGUUUCAAUCCCUAUGCAACGCUUCCAUACCCAAAUGCCUAUCAGGGUUUUCCCCAAGCGCAACCAGGUGCAUAUUAUGGAACUUAUCCUGGUGCAUACGCCAGUCAGCAACAAGCGCAACAACCGCUUCAAAACCCAAACAAGCCUUUUGGUUGGUAAAGUUUAAGCGUUCCGAUUACUGGACUUGACCUUGGAAUCUACAAUACCGAAAAGAUGCAUGCAUUAAAUGCUAUUUCAUCGUUUACCACAUGUUGAUUUUGAUUUGAUGAUUUUAUAUAUGCUACAUUUUCAAUAGUUGAUGUUAUCGAGAGAAAAAGUAUAGUUAACCUACAUUAUGGAAUAAAUACAUAAAUCAAUAACCUAUGUAUGAAGGAAACAGAAUAUGAAAAUGAAUACAAUUGACAACUAAAUGAGCUCAAUUAAUUUUAUAUAGAAUAUUGUCUGCCAGGCAACUUUUGGCACACAUCAACGAUGAAACGAUUGGAACACUUUCCUCCAAAUUUGAAACAAAAGUAUCUGGAGGAUGGGCUUCAACGGUGACACCUUCAGGGUGUUUUAAUAAAGACAUUCAACUUGAAAUUGAAAUAAAACAAAGAUAAAUUGUG